AUGUAAGAGACAGACAGCUCAAGAAUGACCCGAAUAAAGCAAAUCUUCACCCACACUCGGCUUGUUGGAGUAGUUUUCAACUCGUGCAGGCGUUUCCACGCGGAGCUGGUAAGACCCGAAUCCAGCGGACUUCCCAUAAUUCAUCACGACAAGUAUGUGUGCGAGCUUCCACCCAGCCACCGGUUUCCUAUGGGCAAGUUUCCCCGCGUUUUACACUUUUUACUUAAAGACCAAGUCAUCACAGAGAAACAGGUUUGGGCUCCUGAAAUUGCCUCAAAAGACUUGCUCAGCUGUGUGCACUCUGAGGAGUACCUGAAAACCCUGCUAAAUGGGACAGUGCAUGAGGAAGAACAGAGGAGGACUGGGUUUCCCUGGAGCCAGGACUUGGUGCGACGCUGUCGAUAUGAAACAGGUGGGACUGUUCUGGCUGCGGAGGUGGCUCUGCAGAGGGGUCUGGCUUGCAGCACAGCGGGAGGAACCCACCAUGCGUUCCCAGGCUACGGCUCUGGGUUUUGUCUCCUCAACGACUUGGCAGUCGCAGCCAAAUGCUCGAUGAGGUCGACCAAACGGAAAGUUCUAAUUGUGGAUUUAGACGUGCAUCAGGGUGACGGCACUGCUUUUAUAUUUAAAGAAGAGCCACAUGUGUUUACAUUCUCGAUGCAUUGUGGGAAAAAUUUCCCCCUCCGCAAACAACAGAGUGACCUGGAUGUCAGUGUGGAGGACGGGGUAGAAGACAAGGAGUACCUCGCCACAGUGAAUGCACACCUCCCGAGGCUUCUGGAGACUUUUCGUCCAGACUUGGUUUUAUAUGACGCUGGUGUUGAUCCUCAUUGGGAAGAUGAACUCGGGAGACUCCGUCUGACAGAUCAAGGGCUCUACCAGAGAGAUCUGUACGUGAUCAAAACGGCAGUGAGCAGAGGUAUUCCUGUCGCUACGGUUAUUGGUGGAGGAUACUCCCAAGACCUGGACAAACUGGCCCUCAGACACUCUAUUGUCCACAGAGCUGCUACCAAAGUUUGGAACGACUGUGAACUUUAAAAGCUUCAGUUUUUGAAUCAAGAGGAUCCUUGUGCAAAAAUACACACUCACUUAAAAAUCAGAAUUUGCACCUGAAAUAAAACUCAUUUAAAUCAGUUUAA